AAGUCGUCCUCGUCAUCUUCUUGUUACAUGUGAAAUUGAACUCGAAGAGCGACCUCCUUCAUGGUUUUUGUCUUGUAAGGACCAAAAUGGGAAGUUUUUUCUCAAGCAUAUUCUCCGCCGUUUUCGGUGGGCCUGAUCAAACCAAGGGCUAUUUCGUUGCCCCUGGCGCAGAUGCGACAUUUGAUGGCGUAGGGGUGACACGUUGGAAUGGGCGUGUAAUCCUAGCAAUGGGAUGCUUUUGGUGUGGGGAGCACGACUUUGACGUCAUUCAGUCCCGUGAUUUGUUUCAUCCGAUCUUGUCUGGGUACAUUGGCUCUGCCCACAAUGCGCCUUAUCCGAGUUACAGCAACUACGUGCGACUGGGCUACAAAGAAGCAGUGGAAGUGAAGUGGCAUCAACUGGAGAACGAGAAUGGUAAAGGUAAUGCAGUGAUGAAAAACAGCGCGAUGGAACAAGAGGACAAAAGUGGGAUUCCCUUCUCCGCGAUUCUCUAUCAUUUCUGGACGCAUGUUGACCCGCUGGACGCAGGCGGACAAUUUUGUGAUCGAGGCCAGGCUUAUACCUCGGCUAUCUACUGCAACACAACCGCUCAGUGUGAUACUGCACGCGCAAGUAAGGAAGCAGUGGGAAGGGUGCUUUUUCCUCCUCCAACGUCUAGCUCAUCGGGCGGUAUGGGGUUGCUGUCAGAGAACACCAACAAGAAUGGAAACUCGAGUAACGUGUCUGCCGACGCAGCGUCAAUUGCUGCUGCGAUAUAUGAUGAAGCUGCAACGAGCCGCAUCGCCACACCCGUGUAUCCCUUAUUCCAUGAAGAGCAUGCGGAGGCUUCAUUUUCUCCUCGGCACCAUGAAGGUGAAGAGAGAUCGAAGCACGUUGAUCUUCGUGAUCACGAGUCUCAAGACGAAAAAGGGAACAUGAACACAGCGAGCUCCAAGACAAGCAUCGCAGCCGCAAAAUCUAAGGACCAACUGGUCCAAAACUUUCGUUUCUAUCCCGCAGAAGCGUAUCAUCAACAGUAUUGGCUGAAAAAGCCAGGGCUCUACGCUUUCUAUAGGAAACGGUGUGGCCGUGACGCAAGACUCCAGCAGCUUUGGACGCCUUUCAGAAAGGAACAACUGCGACGGGAGCUGGGCUUGAAACCAACAGAUGUAUUGAUCAGUGCUCCAGAAGAAGCUGUGGUUAAUCUUCUCAAUGCUCAGAAGGCGGCUAAAGCUGGUGAUGCAGCAGCUACAGUGGAGAUAAACGAACUUCACCAGAUUCUGUCGAGCAAAAUAUUAGACGAACCUGGUGACGACGAGGAACAGGAAGAGCAUCAGCAUCCCCCUCGUGAAGAGACACACGCAGCGCAGCUAUACUCAUCUGCUUCUUUGCUGCUGGUAAUUGCUUGCGUGGUGUCGUCUUUGGGCAUCGCGGCUGUGGCCUUUCUCUUUGGAUGGACUUUACAGCAGGAAACCACGUGCGGCUGCGGAAAAGAGAAGGAUGGGUGCUACUUCGAAAUUAUCGACAACGAAGACACACAGAGGACUCAGCAAAAUCCAUGAGCUAGAAGCGGUGCAGAUCUUCUUUAAUGAAAAAGAUGUUGCAGCUGGCUGCAUCGGAGAUUGAUAUAGAUAUUGCUUCUGCCGUCGCCUUCUACUACAUACUUAUUCUUAUAAUAUAUAUUCCAUUUUUUCAUCUAGUUCUUCAUAACGCAAAAUAAUUGUUUCGACUAGCCUCGCUACCAAGAUGUCUCUUGUUGGAUACGCGUAAGACGCCUGGUUGAGGCUGUACAGAAAAGGGAUUAGCAAGAUUUCAAGCCGUGCUUGCCGCUACAGCGAGUGUACUCGACUGAAAGUCCCGGCUGCAUUGCGCCACGAUCCAUAUGGCUAACGUGAACCCGUCAAUGCCCCAAAAACAAAGAACGGCUGCACAAGGAAG